AUGGCGGACCUCAUCCCCGCCCAUCUUCUGAAGACGCCUCCGGCAGGUCACUGGAUGGAAGUCACAUACAACUACAGACUAAAGGUGGAAAAGACCGGGGAGCCAGUCAAUUCUCACUGUGAGUGUCCAGCAGGGAAGGGUCCGCAUUCCACCUGCAAACACAUUGCUGCAGUGCUCUUAAUGUUAGAGCAUUUCAUCUCUACUGGCAGUGUGCAAGUUGGGAAGAGCUCAACAGACAAUUUGCAGUUGUUCCACAAACCAAAAAAACCUUACAAAGGAUCACCAGUAACAGCUCAAUCAAUACCAUCAAAAAGAAAAUGGUCUCACCACAUGCUGGAAGAUCCUAGACCACAGAAAUACAGGCAGAUGAGUGGAUACAAUGACCGUGUACGCAACAUGAUGGUCAACUACUGUGCCUCAGCAUCUCAUGAUAUUGCCUUCAAAUAUCUGCACCCAAAGGCUGAUUUACAUACAGCGGCUGAUGAUCAUGACUAUCUGAAAAAGCCACUUACGGAGUACAUGGUUGACAGUGCACUGAAGGUUACUGAAGAAUCUGCAAGAGAUGUUGAGGCAGCAACACGGGACCAGAGUAAGAGCCCAGUGUGGCACAGGGAAAGAAAGUGGCGCAUCACAGCCUCAAGGUUUGGUGAAGUGACCAAAAUGACCAACAGAAGAAAUAAAGAGAAGUUAUGUAAAUCAAUUGUGUCAACAAAAAUAUUAUCAUGUAAGCCUGCCAUUCAUGGAAAGCAAUAUGAGAAAAAAGCUAUUUCUACAUUUGAGUCAGUGUACAACAUCAAAACCAAAAAAGCAGGUCUGUUUGUUUCUUCUUCGGAACCCUUUCUGGGCGCUACACCAGAUGCCAUUAUUGAUGAGUACAGCUUGGUGGAGGUGAAAUGCCCAUAUACAGGAAGGAAUGAUUACAUCAAACCUGGUAAAAACUUUCCAUACCUUCAUUAUGAUAUCAUGUUGAUAUCCACAAUGACUCAGUCUGGACUUACUGGAUUUGCUCUUGCUUCAGACAUUGUGGGUCUGUGUAUUGGGACAUUGCCUCUUGUAGUUCAGACGUUUGAAGCAUACCUGACUGUCUUGAUUGCCACU